AUGGCUUCACAGCGUGUGUGCGCUAACGAGUUCCGUUUAUGGUUUGUUUUUUCUUUGUUCCAGGGUUUGGUGAAGGUCAUAAAGAACAAGGCUUACUUCAAGCGCUUCCAGGUUAAGUUCCGCAGGCGCCGAGAGGGUAAGACUGACUACUUCGCCCGCAAACGCCUCAUAUGGCAGGACAAAAAUAAGUACAACACACCAAAAUACAGACUGGUUGUUCGGUUUACGAACAAGGAUAUAGUUUGUCAGAUCGUUUACGCUCGCAUGGAUGGCGACCGCGUCCUCUGCAGCGCUUAUUCCCACGAGUUGCCUCGUUACGGUGUGAAGGCUGGGCUAACCAAUUACUCUGCCGCCUACUGCACAGGCCUCCUUUUGGCGCGACGUGUCCUCGCUCAACUAAAGUUAGACAGUCUAUAUGAGGGUCAAAAAGAAGGAGCUGUGGAUGGUGGUCUUAACAUUCCCCACAGUGCAACCCGUUUCCCUGGAAAUGACCCCGAGUCUGGUGAAUGCAACGCUGAAGUACACCGUGCUCGCAUCCUCGGCCGUCAUGUCGCGGAGUACAUGAAGGCUUUGAAAGAAGAAAAUGAGGAAACCUACAAGCGCCAAUUCAGCGCUUACCUGAAGGAGGGCAUCACCGAAGAUAAGAUCGAGGCAAUGUAUCUCAGUGCACAUGAGGCCAUCCGAAAGGACCCAUCACCUGCUAAGGCAGAGAAGAAGGAGGUGAAGAAGCAGCGCUUCACCAAGAAGAGGAUGAACCAAAAGGAGCGGCGUGAACGCAUUAGGCAAAAGAAGGCUCAUUAUUUAUCCCAACUGCAAAAAGAGUUGGCUGUGGUCGGAGAGUGA